UAUUAUUUUUUAUUUUAAUUUAAUCUUAUUAUUACUUCUUCUUCUCUCACCAAAAUAAUUUUAAAACCUCAUUUUUUUUCUUCUCUCACAUGAAUAAUUUCAGAGCCCUAAACUACUACUCCUUUUCUCCACAACAAAUCAAAUCAGAAAUCAGAUUUGGGUUAAUAAUUGAGCAUGUAAACUUAGACAAGAAUUGUGGUUGUUGAUCACAGAUGUACUUCCUUUUUUUAUGAGAAGAGAUUUCAAGUACAAAAUUCCAUCUUGUUUGUCACUGCAAGAUUACAUAUUAGACAUCUAGUUUGAUAAAGAGAAUCCUUCCCAAGCUCCAUGGCUACUCUGUGUGAGAGAUGGAUCGAUGGUCUUCAAUUUUCUUCUUUAUUUUGGCCUCCUCCUGAAGAUGCUCAACAGCAUAAGGCUCAAAUUACUGCCUAUGUUGAAUAUUUCGGCCAGUUCACAUCAGAGCAGUUCCCGGAUGAUAUUGCCGAGCUAAUUCGGAGUCGUUAUCCAUCUACCGAAAAGCGCCUAUUGGAUGAAGUAUUGGCAAUAUUUGUUCUUCAUCAUCCAGAACAUGGGCAUGCUGUUAUUCUUCCAAUUAUAUCAUGUAUACUUGAUGGUUCAGUGGCAUAUGAUAAGAACAAUCCUCCCUUUGCUUCUUUCGUUUCUUUAGUCUGCCCAAGCAGUGAGAAUGAUUAUUCUGAACAAUGGGCUUUGGCAUGUGGGGAAGUUUUAAGGGUAUUAACACACUACAACCGCCCAAUUUAUAAGGUGGAGCAUCAGAACAAUGAACAAGAGAGAAGCAACAGUGGUAGCCAUGCUACAACAAGUAACUCGACUGAAGGGGAAGCUUGCCAUCUACCUUUGGAACAGCAGGAGAGAAAACCUUUACGUCUUUUGUCUCCUUGGAUUACAGAUUUGUUGCUUGCAGCACCACUGGGUAUUCGUAGUGACUACUUUCGCUGGUGUGGCGGUGUCAUGGGUAAAUAUGCAGCGGGUGGAGAACUUAAGCCCCCUACUGCUGUUUCUGCCCGUGGAUCGGGAAAGCAUCCACAGCUUAUGCCAUCAACUCCAAGAUGGGCAGUUGCAAAUGGUGCAGGUGUUAUACUAAGUGUAUGUGAUGAUGAAGUUGCGCGCUAUGAAACCGCUACUUUAACAGCAGUUGCUGUUCCUGCACUCCUGCUUCCUCCUCCGACUACUGCUUUGGAUGAGCAUCUUGUUGCUGGAUUGCCUGCUCUUGAGCCAUAUGCACGCUUAUUUCAUCGGUACUAUGCAAUUGCUACCACAAGUGCCACACAGAGACUUUUGCUUGGACUAUUGGAAGCACCUCCAUCUUGGGCCCCGGAUGCUCUGGAUGCUGCGGUACAGCUUGUAGAACUACUGAGGGCUGCCGAAGAAUAUGCAACUGGCAUGAGGCUCCCAAGAAACUGGAUGCAUUUGCACUUCUUGCGUGCAAUUGGGACUGCAAUGUCCAUGAGAGCUGGUAUUUCGGCUGAUGCAGCGGCAGCUUUGCUUUUCCGCAUUCUUUCUCAACCUGCGCUGCUUUUUCCUCCACUAAGGCUACCAGAAGGAGUUGAAGCUCAACCUGAACUCCUGAGUGGCUAUAUUUCUUGUUACCGGAAGCAGAUAGAAGUUCCCGCUGCUGAAGCUACUAUUGAGGCCACGGCUCAAGGAAUUGUCAUGUUUUGCUCUCAUGGUCCUGAUGUUGAAUGGAGAAUUUGUACCAUAUGGGAAGCAGCAUACGGCCUAAUACCUCUAAGUUCUUCAGCUGUUGAUCUGCCAGAGAUCAUAGUAGCAACACCUCUGCAACCUCCAGCUUUAUCAUGGAAUCUUUUCUUGCCCCUACUAAAAGUAUUACAGCAUCUUCCUCGUGGAAGCCCGUCUGAAGCUUGUCUCAUGAGAAUUUUUGUUGCUACAGUUGAGGCAAUCCUUCAGAGAACCUUUCCACCCCAGUCCUUAAGAGAACAACAAGCGAGGAACUCACAGUAUAAUUUUAGUGUUGGUCCCUCAAAGAGCCUUGCUGUGGCUGAGCUCCGUACCAUGGUUCAUUCAUUAUUUUUAGGAUCAUGUGCCUCUGUAGAUCUGGCUUCUCGCCUGCUGUUUGUCGUGUUAACAGUUUGCGUAAGUCAUGAAGUUCGCCCAAGCGGAAGCAAAAGACCUAGAAACGGGAAUCAUACAUAUUCUCGUGAACCAAGUGAAGAUUGCCAACCAAUUGAUGGAAAAAUUAGAGCAGACGUGAGAAGUAGAAAAGGGAGAAAACAAGGACCGGUGGCUGCAUUUGAUUCAUAUGUUCUGGCUGCUGUUUGCGCUUUGUCGUGUGAACUACAGCUGUUCCCGAUAAUUUCUAAAACCACUAAACUCUCGAAAUUGAUAGAUGUGAGUGAAGUAGGAAAAUUAGGAAAAACAAAUGGGUCAACUAACCAGCUACAAGAAGGUUUCUACUCUGCCAUUCGUCAUACUCGAAGGAUAGUCGGGAUCUUAGAGGCACUUUUUUCUCUGAAACCUUCAACAGUUGGUACUUCAUGGAGUUACAGUUCAAACGAGAUAGUCGCUGCGGCUAUGGUGGCUGCUCAUAUUUCUGAACUCUUUCGACGGUCAAAGACCUGCAUGCAUUCUUUAACUGUCUUGAUGAGAUGCAAAUGGGACGAUGAAAACACAAGGGCAUCCUCUCUCUAUAACCUCAUUGACUUUCAUGGCAAAGCUGUUGCGUCUAUCGCCAACAAGGCAGAACCACUUGAAGCCCACUUAGUAAAUUCACCAUUGUGGAAAGAUACUUCAGUAUGUAGCAGUGGUGCACGACAACUUAAUUCUUCCAAAUCUAACGGGUUUAGGCCAGUAGAAGCAUCAUCAAUCCGACAGUUGGAAAGAGAUACUGACGCACCCCAAUCAGCUAAAUUUCUUAAAUGUGAGAGAGCUUUACUCUCACAUGAUGGCAUGGAUAAUAAAACUGUUGGGAAAAGUCUUUCCAGUUUGGCCAUGGACGCGUCAGAAUUGGCUAAUUUCCUGACAGUGGAUCGGCAUAUCGGAUUUAAUUGCAGUUCCCAAGUUCUACUAAAAUCUGUACUAGAAGAUAAACAUGAAUUAUGCUUUUCUGUUGUUUCACUGCUGUGGCACAAGUUGAUAGCAACACCAGAAACACAACUCAGUGAGGAAAGCACGUCUGCGCAACAAGGGUGGCGGCAGGUAGUUGAUGCCAUGUGCAAUGUUGUAUCAGCUUCUCCAACAAAAGCAUCAGCUGCAAUCGUGCUCCAGGCUGAUAAGGAUUUGUACCCUUGGAUUGCUAGAGACGACGAGCAAGGUCAAAAAAUGUGGAUAGUUAACCAAAGAAUUGUCAAACUAAUUGUAGAGCUUAUGAGAAAUCAUGAUCGCCCUGAAUCAUUGGUAAUUAUAGCCAGUGCUUCAGAUCUUCUACUGCGUGCAACAGAUGGAAUUCUUGUUGAUGGAGAAGCUUGCACUUUGCCCCAGCUAGAGCUCCUUGAAGCCACAGCUAGAGCUAUGAAGCUUGUGCUCGAGUGGGGUGAUACAGGUUUGGCAGUCAGAGACAGCCUCUCAAACUUGUUGAAGUGUCGCUUGCCAGCUACGACACAUUGCCUUUCCCAUCCAAGUGCACAUGUCCGUGCCCUUAGCACAUCAGUUCUACGUGAUGUUCUGGUUAUUGGCUCUGUGAAAUCCAAUUCUAAGCAAGAGGAAAUACAAUCGACCAAACAUGUUUCUCCGUUAAGCCAAUAUUUAAGUUUAGGAGGGAAUAUUGACUGGCAUGCAGAAAUAGAGAAGUGCUUGACAUGGGAGGCUCAGAAAGGGCACGCAGCAGGAGUGUCCAACACAUUCCUCAGUGCUGCCUCAAAAGAGUUGGGAUAUAUUAACAUUCCAUUUUUAUUUGAGGUUAGACCUACCUAGUUGUGUCAGUCGAUCAAUCUCUGGCCUUCCCCUUGAGCUGAUUAGAUUCUAGGAAAAUAUGGCCUGAGUUAUUUUUUUCAGGUUUCAUACCAGUAUAUAUUUCUUGCUGUGAAACUUGAACGUGACAUACCCCCAAAUGUGUUAUAUAGCUAGGUGAUCAGCAUGUCACAACUUCAUCAUUGACAACCUCAUGCUCUUGUAGAUAGAAGAACCCAUCCAUUUUUAAAUUAGGAAAAAGAUUGGGUAAGAUAACUGUUCGACUCUUGGAUGGAUGUUGUGUUAUUUCUUGACACUGUACCUCGGUAUCUCUGUAAUAAUGUUACACUGUAUGGGUUCUAAUCCAGUUGUACUCAGUUGUGAGCCUGCUAUUAGUCAGCAGUUGCUCCAGAUGUUGUAGAAAUACGGACAUUCCUUGUUAGAAACAUGAUAUUUCCAUGUUAAUACAAACUGAGUUUUUUCUUCGGA